AUGAGGGCUUAUUGGUAUGAUAAUGCUGAGGGCGACCAGCGCGCACCUCAUGACUCAGGCCGUGCCGUUGAUACAGACUAUCUGUUCUCGAUAGGUGUUUUAUACCAACGAUGUCCCUCUGUCGAUGAUGUCAACGACCUAGCGUCACAGCGGGGUUACAAGAAUCGCGAUGAGAUUACUGUCUCGCCUGAGAAGAUGGGCGCAGUGUACGAGGAAAAAGUCAAGACAUUCUUCCAUGAGCACCUUCAUGAAGAUGAAGAGAUUAGAUAUAUUUUGGACGGUGAAGGGUACUUCGAUGUUCGCAGCAAAAGGGACGAGUGGGUGCGCAUCCAGGUUGAAAAGGAGGAUCUACUGGUCUUGCCAGCCGGGAUAUACCAUCGCUUCACGACUGGAGAGAACAAUUAUAUCAAAGCGAUGAGAUUGUUCAAAGAUGAACCCAAGUGGACACCUUUGAAUCGCGAACCAGCACUGGAGAAUAACACAUUUCGACAGACAUAUGUCGCAGCUUUGGCGGACUAA